UAUAACAUAUUUAAUCAGUUUUCUCGUGUAAAUAAACCAAGACUAAAAAGAACCUACUUUCACUUUUCUUCCACCGCGAUGAAGACAUGCUAUAAACAUUAUUUUUCUCUAGCUAAAGAAAGUUGUGCGCGAGACAAGAAUAGUGUUUUUCCCAAGUUUAUUAUUGUGUAGUUAAUUUUCAGUUGGUAAUAAUAUUUAUAGAGAGUAAACUUCGGUUUCCGUCAUUGUGGCUAACAGUGUGUUUUUUGCAACGGUCUUUUUUACAACUGGUUUGGUGAUAGGCUACAUAAUGAUGUAAAGAAACGGACCACUUCCGACAGUCUCUCUUGAGUACCAUGGAUAAAAACAGUUCACAAAAAAUUGAAUUCUCUGCUGAAGCCUUUGUUCGCUGCUUGUUAGAAGAAGGAACGAAAAAUCCUUGUGAUGAGACUGCUACAGCGUUUAAGGAAAACACGGACUUACCACAGUUCUAUGAUGAAACAUUGUACAAAAGGGGUCAAAAAUUCUUCACUGACAACAUUUUUUCGCUUCUGUAUGGUAAAUUUUUGGGUCUACUAACAAUUCUCGCAGUGCCAACUAUUUUAAGAGUGUUGGUACAUACGAAGAUGUCUGGAUCACCACUGACAGCUUAUAGAAGAUAUUUAGCUACAUUGUUUCACAUGGUCAUUUGGUAUCGAAGUGAUUUUAAUCCUGGCUCAAAGUUGUGGCAGUCAAUAGCGGAAGUCAGGAACAAACACAACAUCGCAAGCAAACGCUGUCAUUCUGCUGGUUUUGCAAGAAUCAGUCAAACAGAUAUGGCUUUUACUCAGUUUGGAUUCAUGGGAUAUGCACUAGCCAGACGUGAGAAAGUUGGUCUAUACAAUGUGAAGGACGAAGAUUUACGAGCGUUUGUGCAUGUUUGGAGAGUUGUAGGGUUUGUGAUGGGUAUAGAGGAUAGAUUUAAUAUAUGCAGAGAUUCUCUCGACGAGACAGUCGAGAUCUGUAAAGUUUUAGCGAGCACGGUUUUUAAGCCACUUUUCGAAAAAAAGGAUGAAGAAUUUUUGCAAAUGGCUUCGUAUCUUUCUGACGGCAUGUGGGCUAUGAAUCCGACGUUAAAUGCAAAACUUUAUUUGAAUUUAGCUUACAGAUUAUUGCAAAUGCCAGAAAAUAAUAAUUCCUCAGUUAAUGCACUUUUAAUAGAGCUAAAUUUAUUACAGAGAAUAUUCUAUAAAAUACUGAUCUUUACAAUAUGGAGUCUGCAGUUUGCGAUAUUCAAACUGUACCAUAAUUACACUCAGUACAGGACGUUUUGGUUGAUGCGACAUUUCCCAUUUUUGGCAUACUAUAAAUAUGGGUAUGCAAAUUCUCACGUCAAAGUAUUAGAAGAUAUUAAAAGUCAAUAAUUUUCCUAAUUUUUUAUUGGUAGACUUAUCAAAUAACUUAAAUUAAUAUUUACAAGGAAAUGUUUUACUAAAAGAUUUAAUAAAUAUUAUAAUAAAUAAA